AUGCCACGUGAUCCAGUGACGCCGGAGUCUGAACCGAGCCUAACGGUGGCUGACUUGGCUUCACAGCUCGAGCGUUUGACUGCUAUUGUCAGGGAAUUGGGGUCUCAGAUGGAUUCACGUGAACGUUGCCUGGGUGAUCCACACGCCGCAAUGAGGCCGACGAGCCAUCUCCGCACAGCCGCCCCACUGGCCGCUACAACUGCUGUCUCGUCCAUGAAUCUGCCCCCGCCAGCUCCUUCGUGCAGCCCCGAUAUCAAUGGAGAUGAGGGCGAAUUGUUAGACGAUGACCCACUCCCACUAGCCGUGAUCUCUCAGUCGGGCAACUCCAAUACCGUUCCAACAUCGGUCCCUCAUUUUGUACUUGUUGUUUUCCCCGGUUCUAUAAAAUUGGGGAUUUCAGAGGGUGUGAAACGCGACUGCUUUAGUUCUUCUCUCAGCAAGAGUAGAGUUACAGAGAAAUUUCACAAUUUGGAUGAUAUAGGUUUUAAUGAUGACGCGAAUCCAAUUGAUGGUGAUGUUGCAAGAAUGAAUCAUCGACCAACAUCGCUUGACGGUGAUAAACGUGGAAAUGCAAAAUUGCAUGAUUACGGCGAUGCCCUCUCAAAAAGCUUGCUAUUUUUUGAGGGGCAAAGAUCAGGGAAGCUUCCCUCUACGCAGCGUGUAAGAUGGAGAAAGGACUCGGGUCUUCGCGACGGAUUCGAUAAGGGUGUUGACCUAACCGGUGGAUACUACGACGCGGGCGACAACGUGAAGUACAACUUCCCGAUGGCGUUCACGAUAACGAUGAUGGCUUGGGGUGUGAUCGAACACGGCAACUCCAUGGGCCCUGAGCUGCCGCAUGCACUGGAGGCGGUGCGGUGGGCGACGGACUACUUCCUGAAAUCCACCGCGGCCGCCCCCGGUAUCAUUUACGCCCAGGUCGGAGACCCCAACGCCGACCACAACUGCUGGCAAAGGCCAGAAGACAUGGACACCCCGAGAACGGUCUAUGCGGUCACUCCUAAUAAGCCUGGAACCGAAGUCGCGGCUGAGACCGCGGCGGCGCUGGCUGCCGCGUCUUUGGCGUUUAGGGCUUUCGGGGAUGAGGCGUACGGCAAGGUGCUUUUGGAAAGGGCUGUUAAGGUAUUUGAUUACAGUGGCUACAAAGAUGAGUUGUUGUGGGGCGCAGCAUGGCUAUACAAAGCCACCAAUAAGGUGUAUUACUGGAAUUAUGUGAAGAAAAAUGUCAUAACCUUCAAAUCCAACAUCGAAGCAGCCAAUUUCGAAUUCAGUUGGGAUUCAAAACAUGCUGGAAUAAGUGUUCUUGUCUCCAAUUGGGUGCUUAAAAACAACAAGGAAGCUUCUACAACACCUUUCCUAUCCUAUGCAGACUCAUUUAUGUGUUCUCUUAUGCCCGAAUCUCCCACCAAAAAUGUCCAAUUCACUGCUGGUGGGCUUUUGAUGAGAGGAGGAAAAUGCGAUUUGCAACAAGUCACCUCCUAUUCAUUCCUUGUAUUAGCCUACACUAAUUACUUGAAGAAUUCUACCCAUGUGAUUCGAUGCAAAGACAAAAUCAUCAAUCAUACCCAACUCGUGAAUUUCACAAAAAAUCAGGUGGAUUAUAUACUAGGAAGCAAUCCAUUGAACAUGUCUUACAUGGUGGGGUACGGCGCUAAGUUUCCGAGGAGGAUGCACCACCGGGGUUCGUCAAUACCGUCGUUGGAUCAACGUCCCGAUCACAUAGGAUGCAAGGAAUGGUUUCCGUAUUUCAAUAACACGUCCCCCAACCCUAACGAGCUCACAGGGGCCGUAUCCGGAGGGCCGGAGAUAGACGACUCCUUUGCUGAUGCUCGGGCCAACUCCUCCAAAUCGGAACCCACCACUUAUAUCGUGUCGCCGCUUGUUGGAUUAUUGGCUUUUUUUUCUGAGGCCGCGACUCACUAG